AUGCCCACACAAUCAUCCCAAUCGCCAUCGGAUUCAUCUCCGAGCCUUAAGCGCAAGCAACCAUCCAUCGCAAGCUUUUUUACGAAAAGACCACAGGCAGCCGAGAAGGCCCCCCACAAUGGCGUCGGCGACCAGCGAAGGUCGACCAAUGGUGUCGCGGAGGCCAGUUCCCAGGAGAAGGAGCAGCAUCAGAAUAAAGCCCACGCCAUCGAUGAAGAAGACGAAGAUAUUGUGACGCCUGUAGCAAAGCGCACCAAAAGAAACGGAGCCCAUUUAGAAGACGAGACCAACACCCCUGCUGAAACUGCCCCACCCCAGACGGACAGAACGCCAUUGUUGAACAGCAGCCAACGAACCGAGCUUUUUCGAUUUACAAGCUCGCCGGUUGCGGUCCCAGAGAAGGAGGAAAUACAGAGAUCAGACGAGGAGGAGAGAGAGCGGCGGAAAGAAAGAGAGAAGCUGCAUAAGCAGUUUGUUCAGAAGCUGGGUGGACCUGAGUGUCUCAUCGGGAUUGGCAGACAUACUGUCAAUGAGACGUCUCUUGUGGCAGACGAGGCUGGGGAUGGCGAUGAAGACGAGGAACCUGCGCCAGCGCCCCCGGCUAAGGGAAAGGCCACGGCAAAGAAAGGCGGAAGCAAGUUGACCCCAAUGGAAAAGCAAGUCAUCCAGAUCAAGCACAAGCACAUGGAUACGAUUCUAGUCGUCGAAGUGGGCUAUAAGUUUCGAUUUUUUGGCGAGGACGCGAGGGUAGCUGCGAAGGAGCUGAACAUUGUUUGCAUUCCGGGGAAGUUCAGAUAUGAUGAACACCCCUCGGAGGCUCAUCUGGAUCGAUUUGCGUCCGCCAGUAUACCGGUACAUAGACUUCAUGUUCAUGUGAAACGACUUGUUUCUGCUGGACACAAAGUUGGGGUAGUUCGGCAAGUCGAAACAGCUGCUCUGAAGGCCGCCGGCGAUAACCGCAACGCCCCCUUCGGCCGCAAGCUCACCAACUUAUACACAAAAGCAACCUACAUUGACGAUGCCGAGGGAUUGGAAGGACCCACACAAGCGAGUGGUGCUUCAUUAGCAACUGGGUAUAUGCUUUGCAUCACAGAGAGCAAUGCGAAAGGUUGGGGAAACGACGAAAAGGUGCAUGUAGGCAUCGUGGCCGUUCAGCCGGCAACGGGUGAUAUUAUAUACGAUGACUUCGAAGAUGGAUUUAUGCGGAGUGAAAUUGAGACCCGGCUGCUCCACAUCUCGCCCUGCGAAGUGCUCAUUCUAGGGGAACUGUCCAAGGCAACUGAAAAGCUUGUGCAACAUCUUUCUGGCGGCAGGACAAAUAUAUUUGGUGACAACAUCCGUGUUGAGAGAGCGCCAAAAUCAAAAACAGCGGCGGCAGAAUGUCACAGCCAUGUUUCCAGCUUCUAUGCAGGGAAAAUGAAGGCGAAUGAUGCCGCGGACGAUGAGGUGUCGAGCAUUUUGCUCCAGAAGGUGUUGAACCUACCCGAGCAAGUAACGGUUUGUCUCUCCGCAAUGAUCGAGCAUCUGACAGAAUACGGCCUGGAGCAUGUUUUCCAGCUGACAAAGUAUUUCCAACACUUUUCGUCUCGGUCACACAUGCUUCUUAAUGGCAACACUUUGGUCAGCCUCGAGAUAUACCAGAACCAAACCGAUCAAUCUGCCAAGGGCAGUCUUUUCUGGACACUGGACCGGACACAGACUCGUUUUGGGCAGAGGCUGCUUCGGAAGUGGGUGGGACGUCCGCUUCUAGAUAAAUUGAGGCUUGAAGAAAGGAUCAAUGCCGUCGAAGAAUUGAAAAACCCAGAAAGGAUUGCUAUGGUAGAGCGUAUCAAAGGCUUACUGGGACGAGUGAAGAGUGAUUUAGAGAAAAGCCUGAUACGAAUCUAUUAUGGAAAGUGUACACGCCCGGAACUUCUUACUGUCUUACGGACAUUGCAGAUGAUUGCCCAGGAGUUUGCUGAUUUCACGUCCCCAGCGGACACUGGGUUUUCAUCAACCGUUGUUAGCGAGGCAGUCGCGUCUCUUCCCACCAUUUUGAAGGAAGUUGUGUUCUUCCUUGAUAAAAUCAAUCUACACGCUGCGAAAAGUGACGACAAAUAUGCGUUUUUCAGGGAAUCAGAAGAGACGGAGGAAAUAAGUGAGCACAAACUUGGAAUCGGCAGCGUCGAGCACGACUUGCAGGAGCAUCUCUCCGUCGCUGCGGAAGCUCUCAAGAGGAAAGAGGCGCGUUACGCUACUGUCGCUGGCAUCGAAUACUUGAUCGAGGUUGAAAACAGUUCACCUGCAAUCAAACGCGUGCCUGCGUCCUGGGUGAAGAUAAGCGGUACCAAGAAGGUCUCAAGAUUCCACACGCCUGAGGUUAUUCAGCUCUUGCGUCUUCGAGACCAGCACAAGGAAGCGUUGGCUGCAGCUUGUGAUCAAGCGUACAUGGCGCUUCUAAGCGACAUCUCGGCAAACUACCAGUCUUUCCGGGACUGUGUGCAAUCUCUCGCGGUUCUUGACUGUCUAAUCUCGCUUUCGAUCAUCGCGAACCAGCCUGGCUACGUCAAGCCUGAAUAUACGGACCACACAUGCAUCCAUGUUGACCAAGGUCGUCAUCCUAUGGUCGAACAGCUGCUGCUGGACAGCUACGUUCCAAAUGACAUUGAUUUGGACAGCGAUGAAACCCGUGCUCUCCUUGUGACAGGUCCAAAUAUGGGUGGUAAAUCCAGCUACGUCCGACAAAUAGCGUUGAUUGCCAUCAUGGGACAAAUCGGGUCCUAUGUUCCUGCUCAGUCCGCUAAGCUUGGCAUGCUGGAUGCUGUCUUUACCCGGAUGGGAGCAUUUGAUAACAUGCUGGCAGGCGAAUCUACGUUCAUGGUGGAGCUUUCUGAAACAGCAGACAUCCUUAAGCAAGCGACACCGCGGUCAUUGGUCAUCUUGGACGAGCUGGGCCGUGGCACAUCCACGCAUGACGGCGUUGCAAUCGCGCAGGCGGUUCUCGAUUACGUGGUUCGGUCUCUUCGCAGUCUCACCCUCUUCAUCACGCAUUACCAACACCUUGCCUCGGUAGUGCACUCGUUCCGCAACCAGGAGCUCCGAAAUGUGCACAUGCGCUUUACGGAAUCGGGAUCUGGGAAGGACGAAGAUAUCACCUUCCUCUACGAGGUUGGAGAGGGAGUGGCCCAUCGUAGUUACGGACUCAACGUUGCGCGAUUGGCGAAUUUGCCAAGGCCUUUGCUUGACGUUGCGAAGGAGAAGAGUGCCGAGUUGGAGGCUAAAAUCCGACGCCGCAGACUUGCGGGCCUGGUGACGGCGGUGGGAAAUGUCACAGACGAUUCAUCCGCCGGGGACGACGCAUUGCUUGCGCGGUUGAUCAGCAGCGCGGAGCAAUUAUAG